UUUUAGUUCAUUUGCCGCCAAACCAUCAGUAUUCUCCCGCGAAUUAAUUGUUUAUCUGUAAAUUUAUUCUUUGUAAAUACUUGCAAAAAAUAGAAACUAUCGGCGGUCGUACAAUUAUUUUAGUGUAAAAUUUCAACAGAGAAAGUCUCUGUUGAACAGAAAAAUUUGAAAUUCCAAAGUAUAUUUAUUUUAAUCGCAAGAAAAUAAAUCAUGGCUAAAGUUCAGUUGGCGAAUGUAGCUGUUUUAGAUAAUCCGUCACCGUUUUUAAAUCCCUUUCAAUUUGAAGUUACUUUUGAAUGCAUUGAGGAACUCAAAGAAGAUCUAGAAUGGAAGAUGAUUUAUGUCGGCAGUGCAGAGUCGGAGGAAUUCGACCAAGUACUUGACACCAUUUACGUAGGUCCCAUUCCUGAAGGAAGGCACAUGUUUGUCUUUCAAGCGGAGCCUCCAAAUGUGAAUCGGAUUCCCGUAAAUGAUGCCCUGGGUGUGACAGUCGUCCUCCUCACGUGUUCGUACCGAGGCCACGAGUUCGUGCGCGUGGGCUACUUCAUCAACAACGAGUACACCGACGUCGAGCUCAGGGAGAACCCGCCCCCGCAACCCCAGUUCGACAAGGUGCAGAGGAACAUUCUCGGCGACAAGCCCCGCGUGACGAGAUUCAAAAUCAACUGGGACGACAGCACAAGUCCCAGCGCGAGCGCCGAUGCGGACGCGAUGGACGCCCAGACCACCGUCGAAGAGACCACCGAGGACAUGCCUUCGACUUCUCUGAGUUUUACGGAGAACACGCAGAACAGUAUGGAAGUUAUGUGAAUCCCUGAUAAUAUUUCCGCUGAUUUCCGCCAGCAAAUGUGAGUUACGUUUCAUUUCCAGUGGGGACAGUAUUCACAUUCACCUUAACGAAGGGAUCGAUUAGCAAACUCAUUUUUAAGUCAUCAAGUUAUUUAAUUACAUGUGUAUAAAAUUGUUCGUCGAUUGCGACAUCUGUUAAAAAGUCAUUUUUUUUCUUUUUUUCUUUUUCUCUUUUUUUGACACUGAAUUUAGUUAAUUUCAAAACAACAAAUUUAUUCAUUGAAUGUUGUGCUUCGAAUCGUAUUAUUAUUUUAUUCAAUGAAUCUUUUUAGAAUAAGUCAAAAUAUUGUUCCAACAUGUACAUAAACAUAUAGAGUUACUAAAACGCGAUAAUUACAUAUGUUUUCUAUUUAGAUAAAA